AUGGGGAGGAGGAGGAGCUCGCCUGUGAAUGUGCUGUUUCAAUGGGUGAGGAGCCAGUCAAUGAAAGUCAAGGUCUUUCUUGGAGCCUUGCUUGCUCUCUGUGCUUUGCUUGCAUUGAGGUUUUGGGUGAGGGAUCACAAAUACUUCUUCGUUGCCUCUGAGGUUGUGCAUGUGCUUGGGAUCAUCGUCCUCAUCUACAAGCUCACCACCCAAAAGACUUGCUCUGGUCUUUCCCUAAAGAGUCAGGAACUCACAGCUCUGUUCCUAGCAGUAAGGUUGUUCUGUAGUACAAUGAUGGAGGGUGACAUUCACACUGUGCUAGAUUUUCUUACUCUCGUGGCAACGGCGUGGGUCAUAUAUAUGAUACGGUUUAAAUUGAAGUCGACCUACAUCAAGGAACUGGACAAUUUUCGCUUAUAUUACCUGGUGGUGCCUUCUGCUGUCCUUGGUGUGCUCGUCCACCCCUACACACUAAAUUAUCGCUUCUGUCGAAUCCUUUGGGCAUUUGGUGCAAACAUGGAAGCUGUUUCGGUUCUGCCUCAACUUCGGUUGAUGCAGAAUGCAAAGAUGAUUGAACCAUUUACCUCCCAUUAUGUAUUCGCAUUGGGGAUUUCAAGAUUUUUCGCUUGUGCUCAUUGGAUUAUUCAGAUCUAUGAGACAAACGGGACAUAUAUAUACUACAUUGGGAGUGGAUAUUUCUGGCUUUUGUCAGCUUUCCUCAGUGAGAUGGUUCAAACAUUCAUCUUAGCUGACUUUUGUUACUACUACAUAAAGAGUAAAAUGGCAGGGCAGCUGAUAAUGAGGAUGCCUCCUGUCUAG